AUGCCGUCCCAACCACCCUUCCCACCAACAGGAACCCACGCCCAAGACGUAUCCCUCCUCUCCACCACAGUCCCCAUCCUCGCGACCCUCGACUCCCCCGCCGCCGACCCCGAACAAGAACUCCUCGAACCCUACGCGAAAUUCCGCUCUUCCCCCCUCAACGCCAUCCAAGAACUCGGCCUGCACAUCCUCGGCACGGCCUGGCGCAGCUAUGACCGUGUCAUUGGACCGCCGGUUUUCUACAAUGGUUUUAGCGAGAAUAUGAAGCGUCUAGUCCUCGCGCAGCCGAUGUUGCAGUCCAAAAUCCGGGAUCUCGCAAAGAGGAGAGUGGAAGUGGAGAUUCAAGAGGGCGGGUUGGGGGUUCUUGGGGUAGAAGGCGAGGUUGUGGAGGGUAGAAAGAGGAGGGAUGGCAGGAGGGCGGAGAUUGAAAAGCAAUUAUUGGAGGUGGCGGAGACGUGGACGGACGGCAUGAUUUUGAAGAUGGAGUCGAGGACGUUUAUCCGCGGAGCGUAUUAUCUUGCUACGCAGUUGUUGACGAGGGCGUAUCAUCAGGGAAUUCAUGUUUCGCAAAAGGAGGUGAUGAGAUUGAAAGAGGUGGCUACACGAGCGGAGAGAGAUGGGCAGAGUAUUAUUUUCUUGCCGUGUCAUCGGAGUCAUGUGGAUUAUGUCAGUCUGCAACUGGUGUGUUACCGCUUGGGACUGGUGUUGCCCACCGUCGUUGCGGGGGAUAAUCUGAACUUCCCGGUCGUGGGAGCAUUUCUACAGCAUGCUGGCGCGAUGUGGAUACGCAGGAGUUUUGGAGACGAUCAGCUGUAUGGAACUCUGGUGCAGAGUUAUAUCGACACGUUGCUGCAGAAUGGGUUCAAUGUGGAGUGUUUCGUCGAAGGAGGACGCUCGCGGACGGGGAAGUUGUUGCAGCCGAAAUUUGGCAUUCUGAGUUAUUACCUCGAGAGCGUACUCAGCGGCCGGACGAAAGAUGCGAUUGUGUGUCCGGUCAGCACGCAGUAUGAUAAGGUGAUUGAGGUGGACUCGUAUAUCAGCGAACUCCUGGGCCAGCCGAAGAAGAAGGAAGAUCUCGCGGGUUUCUUAUCAGCCAGCAACGUUCUGAGUCUGAAACUCGGACGCGUGGAUGUGCGCUUCCACGAACCUUGGAGUUUGCGAGGCUUCAUCGACGAGCAGAUGCAUCGCAUGGGAUACGACGCUCCGAAAGCUGGACUAACGCCUGUUUAUGACGCCGCUACGAAACGCCGCAUCCUCACGACUUUCGGCUACCAAGUCCUCGCGCAUAUCAACGACGUCUCAGUCGUCAUGCCCACCGCUCUCGUCGGCACAGUCCUCCUCACCCUCACAGGUCGCAGCGUCGGACGCGCCGAACUCGUUCGCAGAGUCAACUGGCUCUCCUCCCGGGUCCUCGCGGCCGGCGGACGAGUCGCGCACUUCGCCGGGCAUCCGGUGGAAGAAGUCGUCGACAAAGCGCUCGGCGUGCUGGGUCCCGCUCUUGUCGGCAAGGUGGAUGGCUUGCCGGAAGAGAUGUACUACGCCGAAGACCGCUUCCAACUGAGUUUCUACCGCAACAUGACGAUUCACCUGUUCAUUUCGCAGGCGCUGGUGUGUUGCGCGUUGUAUACGCGGGUGAAGAGGGGUGAGAAGGAGACGAUGAGGUACCAGGAUCUUUACGACUACGUCUCCUUCCUGUCCCAGCUUUUCCGCGCGGAAUUUAUUUUCCCGACGAACCCGCUGGAAGAGAAUCUCCAAGCUACUCUCUCCGGUCUCGUCGCUGAUGGCGUGUUGACCACCACUAUGGACGAGAGUGGCAAGAUUGAUGAAGUCGCUCUGCAUCCUGAUGAACGGGCGAGAGAUGCGCAGAAUUUCGACUUUUAUUGUUUCCUCCUCUGGCCUUUUAUCGAAGCUUCCUGGCUCGGCGCUGUGUCGCUGUUCAUGCUCGCUCCACCCCCUUCUUCCUCCUCCUCCACCACAACUCAAGAAAAAUCAUGGAUCCCCAUGACCCCCUUCGCCGACCGCGCUCAACUCCUCGGCAAAACUCUCUACCACCGCGGGGAUCUAUCCUACUACGAAGCCGUCAAUAAAGAAGCGUUGAAAAACGCUCAUACGCGGAGUGAAGAAGAAGGCAUGCUCAUCGUCUCCCGUCCUGGUAAAGACGCUGUAAAAGGCACGCCUACACGAGUAAGGUUGAGUGAGGAGUGGAUGCCCAAGUGGAGUGCGCAGGGGGAGUUGUUGGCUGAGGGGAAACUGUGGGAUUUCUGCGAGUGGGUUAAUCUGAGUCGGAGGGAUGGGGAGGGGACGAGGAAGGAGGGUGGGACGGUGAGGAGGCGGAUUUUGGGGGUUUGUGGGGUUGUGGGUGGGGAUCUUUGGGAGACGGCGGAGAAAGGGGAAAGGGUACUGGAGAAGAAGAAGGGGAGGAGGAGGAAGGGGGUGCAGGCGAAAGGGAAGUUGUGA